AUGGACAGGUUGUUGAAGGUGGUCCGAAAGAGAGCUGACCCCGCUCAUCACUCUGCGCUCCCUAUGCGGUCCAGGGUCCUCUGGUCGGAGUCACUUCGGAAUUCUAUACUUUCAAGUCCAUCCCAGGACGCCAGACAUACCUCGGAGACGCGUGCCAUGACGAGUCGUCUGACCCCCCGGGCCAUGCAAGACUCAUAUUGCCAGUUGUUGCUACCGUUCGCGUCCUCUCCGGAGUUACUCGAACAGUACACGAACGCAUGGGGAGGUAUCAGAACUGGCAUGCUCAUGGAACAUCUCGAUUCGUUGGCUGGCGGCAUCGCCUACAAGCAUAUGCUAGGACCUGUCGCCCACCUCCCGAAGGAUCAUGGAUUCUAUAUCGUCACAGCUUCUGUGGACAGGUUGGAUAUGCUGGCGCCGCUGCACCCUGUACGUGAUAUGCGCCUGAGCGGUCAGGUCAUCCAUACUGGCCGGAGUUCCAUGGAAGUUGCGGUUCGCAUGGAGGCGUUGGGAGAAGACGGCAAGGAGGAAACCAUUCUGCUUGGUCGCUUCUGCAUGGUGUGCAGGGACGCUUUUACACAUGCAGCUACUCCGGUCAAUCCACUCAAAAUCUCCACUCCCGAGGAUGAGGUGUUAUUCAAGAUAGGAGAAGCGCACAAGAACCGCAGACAACAGCGUGCCGGUCGUGCGCUCAACCUUGUUCCGCCGACCUCAGACGAAGCCGCCGCUCUGCAUUCACUCUACCUGCAGUAUGGCCAGAAAGAACACAGCCACGACUUCGUCACUCCCGCGGGGAAGAGAGUAUGGAUGGGCGAUACUAAGCUCGAGAAGUGCAUAAUGAUGUUCCCUCAAGAGCGCAAUGUACACCAGAAGAUUUUUGGUGGCUAUUUGAUGCGUCUUGCGUAUGAACUGGGUUUUGCGAACGCAUCUCUCUUCACGAGGACACACGUCAGCUUCUUGGCUCUCGACGGAAUUUCAUUCGCUCGACCAGUUCCAAUCGGCUCAAUUCUCCGUCUCAAUUCGCACAUCCUCCACUCUGCAUCGACCGAGCAGUAUCCUGCUCUUGUGCAUGUUGGGGUGCAAGCAAACGUCGUUGAUGCCGUGACGGGCUUCGAACAGACGACCAACGAUUUCCGCUUCACGUGGUGCAGCGAUGAAGGGGCCCAGCCAUUGUCACGGAUGAUGGUCCCGAAAACUUACAGAGAGGCCAUGUUGUGGUUAGAAGGAAGGCGAGCCCUCGAACUGGGCGCGGAAAUCAGAGGAAUACGCAAGGGUCGCUAG